GGCUGUUUCCGACCGGGCACUAGUGGCGAAAGCACCAACCGGAAGUGGAGCCCUGCCCGGGCUGACGCUGUCUCCAUGGCGACAGAGGGAGCUUCAGAUCCGCCAGAACGGCUGCAACGCCCAGAAAUGGCAAAUGACAAAAGGCCAGUAAGUGCUCAUGUACCUUGCAGUCCAACUUUUGAGGCAUCACAAAGAAAUAAUGAAUUCUUAACUUCAUCAACGUCUUCAUGUCAUAACAAUGUACAAACUAUGGUAGUGAAGCAGUAUGUGAAUAAAGUCAUUACAUCUUCCCACUUACAUCAUUUGCCAAGAAAAUUUAUUUCACCCUAUGCAAAAACAGCAAUUAAAAAUACUGACAGAAAGCAAAACUGUAGACAGCCUCUGUUUGGCCCUAACAUUCAUCUGCAAUCGGCAGUGGUAUCAAGAAGGUCAGGACUUCAAGAUUGUGCCACACAUCAAACAAAAUCAGUUCAGAGCAGUGAUAGAAUAUCAAACCUAGGCAGCUACAAAUCAGACAGUACAAACAAUUUCUGCCUUAUAUCGCCAUCCAAGAGAAACAGACCUGUCAGUGCUCCAGCAGGUCAGCUAAGAUGUACACAGUUCUCUUCCUCAAGAUUCCAGCUGGCCCAGAAAGAAUCUGAAGUGCCCCAAGUUAUUAAAUGCCAUCCAAGGGUAAUCAAAGUAAUGGCUUACAAGAAUGGCACAAGAAGUAUCUUUGCUAAGAUUGCUGUACCAUCCAUUAAGCUGCUGCUGGAGGAGUGCACUGAAAAACUGAAUCUGAACAUGGCUGCACGACGAGUGUUCUUGGCAGACGGCACUGAAGCACUAGAACCUAAAGACAUACCCCAUGAUGCCGACAUUUAUAUUUCAACUGGAGAGCCUUUUUUAGAUCCAUUCAAAAAAAUUAAAGACCAUCUGUCAUUAAUGAAGAAAGUAACUUGGACAAUGAAUGGUCUGGUUCUUCCUACUGGUGCCAAGAGAAGGAAAACCAAGCCUACCCUUUCCAAUCGCAUGAAGAAGCUUAUUGAGAAGUCCUCACUCAGGAUUUUGGUGUUUAAGAAUUGCUCUGGGCAGGAUGGCCAUGAGAUUAUUGCAACACAGGACCAAAUUGAAAAGUUUUUAGAUGCUUGCACAAUAAGAAUGAAUCUUACUUCACCAGCAAAGCAUCUGUACAACAUUCAUGGAGCAAAAAUUGAAGAUCUCAUCAGUGUUCCUCUGCUUGACAAAUGCCUGCAAAAUUCCAUCACACCUUUGCGUGGACCUGUCUGGGUCUCUAAGGGAGAAGGUUUCAGCCCCUCAGGAGCAAAGACGUAUAUCCAUGGAGUUCUUUUGGCCUUAUACCAACGAUUAAAGUCUGCAAAAAACUAUUGCAAACAGAUGGAUUUUGCCAUUGAUGGUCAGAGAGGGGAAAUCACAGAAAAAGGCAUUCUUUCAAUGACAACAGAGGAAUUAUAUUUAGAGCAAGAAAAGGUGAACAAGCUGAUUGAGGAACUGCAAGUGGCUAUCAAGAGCUACAAAGGUCACCUCUCAAAACUUGCCCCACAAUUGCAGGCUGAGCAGGAGCAGUGUGCCUCUUAUGUCUACAAACACAUUAAAAGGCUUCCAGCAAACAUUGUUCUCCCACAGGGCUUGCAGCUAAAGGUAUAUGAAAAUGGCAAAGACACAGGGGAGAUCCUAGUUUAUAUCAACAAAAAAGAGAUGGAGAAUAACUGUAGGAAUCAACCCAGUGUUAUGAUGGAGAGGCUGCUGCAUGUGAUUCAUGAAAAACUACAAUAUUCAGCAGACUUCAAACCAACAGGCCUCAAUCUUAUUCCUGCCCGGCUUUUUGAUGAGAAAGGACAAGAAAUUAAAAACCCACUUAUACUGAAGAAUGAGCAAAAAAUUUGGGUUUCUUGUGGUAAAGAUUACAGGUCUCCCUUAAACCGUGUUCUAAGUUUGACCUUUGACAGAGUGACUGCAGCUGAAAAGGAUGGUAUCACAGUUAUUUAUAAAACUCUUCUGGAACCUAAUGUUGAUCUGCUGCCUGGACGUGACAAUUGGGAAGCUUGUACAGAAUUUCCAGGCAACUUCCAGUGCACAAACCACCAGACACUUCAAAACUUGGAAAAGGUGGACAUGAAUAGCCAUUUUAUACAGUACAAGACUGAUCCCCAGAUAGUUUUCCAUGUCUCUGUUGCCAUGGAUAAAAUGAGGAAAGUACAUCCCAGAAGAAUGGACUGUCAGGAUCUAAAAGUCUCAUCAAAACUCUGGCCUUUGGCUAACAUGUGGCUAAUCACAAAGGCUGGAAUGAUUCUGAGUCGAGCUAUGGUACAAAGCUGUCUAGCUAUUGGUCAUCCAAUUAGAGUUGAGACAGAUGAUGGCACAUCUCUGGAAGGUUAUAAGUUAACAGUACAGAAAAGAGACAAAAGCAGCAUCUAUCAGCUCUGGGGGUUUGGAAAUGAUGGUACUAUCUAUUGUAAGGCUUAUCCUGAGUUUGUCCUGACCUACCUAGAGGAGCUAAAUGUAAGAGAGGAGGUGACCCAGAUGGAACACCACAUCCACCAUGGGGCCUGGUCUACAGCUCAUCAGGAGAUAGAGAGCAGCUCAGCAGAAGAGGUCACUGUACCAAGCCAGAGGCAGGUUCUGCAAAAAAAUGUCAACAACUCCAAUCAGAAACAACUUUCAGGACCUUUGGAAGCCCAUUUAAUGCCUGCAAGUCCCCUAAGGGAGACUAUGCAGCUGACAGUCGCACUGGUGAGGAAACUAGAAGAGAAACAUCCUAAGGCCUCAGCUCAAAGAAUGAAAAAAGGAAAUGCAAAGAUUCUCUUUGAAACUUGUCCAGUCUUCAGCAAGAGAAUUGCAAUGUUGUCCUCUGAAUCAGUAGAGGCAGAGAUACCAUAUUAA